GUGGGGAUCAUCCAUAUUGCUGCUUGUGGUGGAGUUAAGGUUGUAAUCCUGUGAGGCCGUGGGACACGUUUCUUUAUUUUUAUAUAUGUUUUAAUUCGGCACGGACUGCUCUGCGUCUUAGACUGAAGAUCUUUUGGUCUAGGAGCAACAGACUCCGCGGAAUAGCUUCAUUUUCCUCGAAACUGAAGCCGAAUUCGGGCCGGGGGGAGGAUUGGUAAUCCUGAGGGGAAAAGAAAGACGGUGGUGGGAAAUGGCCACUCAGGUGGAGACUCUCCUGCCCGGCAACCCGCUCGCGAAGGCGGAGGAACACGGUAAAGUGAUCCGCGGUGAGCUGGAGAAGGAGGGCGGCCGAGGAGACGGGGCCAAACGGCAGACGAGUGUAGCCGACCACGGGAGCAGCAGCGGCGGCAGCAGCCCCGGACAGGGAGGGACCCCCGGUACGGAAGAGCAGACCUCCAAAGGAGCGGCGGAGGAGGGCAAAGAAGGCUGUGACAACGGCGACAAGCAAAACGAGGAGGGUGUUAAAGGCAGAAAUGAGUUUACUGAAGCUCCCCCGCCCAAGGUGAACCCGUGGACUAGGAAAAUGAACGCGGUGACCGUGGUCAGCGUGAAUGGACAAGCACACCACGAGUCGACCGGACCUGCCAAAGUGGUGAGAGCAGGGAAUCCACCCAAAGCCAGACGUGGAGGAAAGGUUGGAGAUUUUGGUGACACCAACAGUUGGCCGACUCCAGGGGAGAUCGCAACUAAAGACAUGCAGAUCGAGGCAGUGACACGGACCGUGUCCUGCCCGCCGACAGUCAGGCAGGUCAGAGACUCGUGGAGAUCCACUGGCCCGAAGAGGACGACAACAGCCAAGAAGGAGUCAAAGGAGAAGAGACAGAGCAUAGAAGAAAGCAAGGAGAACCUGAAGGCCAAGUCAGACGACUCUGGAGAGGAGAAGAACGGAGACGAUUCCCAGAAGAACGGACCCAAGAAAAAAGGAAACAAGCACAAGUGGGUCCCUCUAAUGAUCGAAGUGAAGUCUGAGGGUCCCAGAGAGCGCUCAGCCUCCAGGAACAACAGCAGGCAGAACGAAAACCCCCGCCUGCCCACCAACGCCAGGAACGACCUCAGAGACUGGCACAGUCAGAAAUACGAGCACGAGUGGCGUGACGACCACGAUGAAGUUUCAAGCGUGAAGAGUGAAGGAGCGCCAUUCCGUGGGGGUUUCAGAGGUCGUGGACGCGGAAGAGGAAGAGGCAGGGGACGAGGAAGAGGGAGUGGGAGAGGCCACUAUGACUACCACUAUGGCUACAAAUCCUAUGACAUGAAAGACGCACCGUAUGGCCAGAAGUUCAACAACACGGUGACCUACUACUACGACAACAUGAGCAGCAACGACCUGUACUCUGUGGACCAGGACCUACUGAAGGAUUACAUCAAGAGGCAGAUUGAGUACUACUUCAGCCUGGAAAACUUGGAGCGGGACUUUUUCUUGAGGAGAAAAAUGGAUCAGGAGGGCUUCCUACCCGUUGGACUCAUUGCCAGUUUCCACAGAGUGCAGGCUCUCACCACAGACGUCAGCCUCAUUCUGGAGGCUUUGAAGGACAGCAAAGAGGUGGAAGUGAUCGACAUGAAGAUCCGUCGGAAAGUUGACCCGGAGAAGUGGCCUCUGCCGGGCCUGGCCAUGCCAAACCAAACACACACAGACUUCUCCCAACUCAUCAACUGCCCUGAGUUUGUCCCCAGACAGAUGACAGAAGAGCCUAGAGGCUCUCCCAGGGCUUCCACACCCAUAAAGCAACAGAACAGGGCUGAUUCAGAUAUCUCCAACCUCAAGACAAUGCCAAAGGGUCUCUCAGCCAGUCUCCCAGACCUGGACUCUGAGUCCUGGAUCGAGGUGAAGAAGAGACCCAGACCCUCCCUAGCAAGACCCAAGGUCAGCGCGGAGAAGGUGAAACUCGGAUUGAAAAUAAUAGCCCCCUCGUUGCAGCAGCAGAAGGAAAAGGAUGACUCUGUUCGCUCUCCAGUCCCCCAGUCAGGCCCCUCGCCCUCUCCUAAUACCUCAGGAACCAAGGAUGGAGCAGAGCCGGACGAGCCAGAGGAGCUCGACUUCAUGUUCGACGAGGAGAUGGAACAGAUGGACGGGCGGCGGAACACCUUCACCGAUUGGUCGGAUGAAGAAACAGAUGGCGAGAUCGACGACCACGACGUCAACAAGAUCCUGAUUGUAACGCAGACGCCACCCUACCUGAGGAAGCACCCAGGGGGCGACCGCACAGGACACCACACGUCACGCGCCAAGCUGAGCAGCGAACUGGUCAAAGUGAUCAACGAUGGGCUCUUUUACUAUGAGCAGGACCUGUGGGACAGCACGUACGAGCCUGAGUACGCCACCAUCAAGCAAGAGGUGGAGAACUUCAAGAAGGUCCACCUGAUUAGCCGCGAACAGUUCGACUGCCUGACGCCCGAACCUCCUGUCGACCCUAACCAGGAAGUCCCCCCAGGCCCCCCUCGACCCCACCAAAUCCCUACAGACGCUCUGGCAAACAAACUCUUUGGUGCCCCUGAGCCGUCAUCGAUAGCUCGCUCGCUCCCAACUACCGUGCCUGACUCGCCCAACUACCGCAGUGCCCGGACGCCUCGCACGCCUCGCACACCUCAUCGGAAGGACCCAACCAUGACGCCGCGUUUCUACCCUGUGGUGAAAGAAAGUCGGCCUGUAGAUGCCAAGACGCCCAGAAAGAGGAAGACCCGACAUAGCUCAAAUCCUCCAAUGGAGUGUCACGUGGGCUGGGUGAUGGACUCCAGAGAGCAUCGAUCCCGUACUGCCUCUGUCAGCUCCAACGCCAGCCCAUCAGAGGGCACUCCUGUCCUGGGAAACAUUGGCUGCACACCUCAGUCCCUCCCCAAGUUCCAGCACCCGUCACACGAGCUGCUUAAGGAGAAUGGCUUCACGCAACACGUUUACCACAAGUACCGCCGACGCUGCCUAAAUGAGAGAAAGAGGCUGGGAAUUGGCCAGUCACAGGAGAUGAACACGCUCUUCCGCUUCUGGUCAUUUUUCCUGCGAGAUCACUUUAACAGAAAGAUGUACGAAGAGUUUAGACAGCUGGUGGUCGAGGAUGGAAAAGAAGGAUACAGGUACGGUUUGGAGUGCCUGUUCAGGUACUACAGCUACGGUCUAGAGAGGAAGUUCAGGCCAGACAUCUUUAAGGAUUUCCAGGAGGAGACGGUCAAAGACUACGAGGCUGGCCAGCUGUAUGGACUGGAAAAGUUCUGGGCCUACCUCAAAUACUCAAAAGCCAAGAAUCUGGAGAUCGACCCCAAACUGCAGGAGUACCUGAGCAAGUUUAAACGUCUGGAAGAUUUCAGAAUUGAUCCCCCGAUGGAGGAAGGAGGCCGCAGAAGACACUCGUCUAGCGGCGACGGUCGCCGCCGGCAUCCAUCUCAGCCCUCCAGCCGGCCGCACAGCCAGGUCAGCUCUGGCCCCAGCCCCGCCCCCCUCGCAGCCAAGGAUGAUGCCAAACCCAGCAGCCAGAAAGCCCCCACCCCUGCCGCUGACCCCGCACCAGAUGCCAAGACACUGAAGUAACUCGACAAACACACCAGCCAACACGGAUCGACUCAACCACCUCUGCAAGUCGCUGGUUCUCUCCGCAACAGGAGGAGGGAGGAGGCAUCCCGCUUGUCAUCUAAGCAUGAGAAUGUUAUUUCCCCUGACUUUUGAUUCAGACAUAAGGAGGACAAACACGAAAAAAGUUUCUAAAUUAGUUUGAAGUUUUUUUUUGUUUUUUUUUUUUACCUUUUUUGUCUUAAUGAGGCAAAGAUAUGAAGAGGUGUCAAACACUUUUUUUAAACAAAUCAUUCUCAGUCCACACGGUGGACCGUUUAGAGAAGAUUUCCUUUUUAUUUUUAUUUUUUUUCCUUUUUGUUUCUUUUGCAGUUUUCAUGUUGACCCCCCUCUUUGUCCCAUGGACCCUGUUUGAUCGUCUCUGUCCUGCUGGCUGAAAGCUAUUCACCUCCUUGCCCAGAUCUCAGAUUUAUGAUUAUUAUUACUUCAGCAUGUGGUGCGUUUAAAGACCUGGAAAUAGUUUGAAAGAAACUGAGCAUCUGAAGCCCGUGCUGGAGAUGGAGCUACUCCUGACAUCCAACCGGACCAAAGCGGUUUGAACCGAGCGACUGACAUUUCCAUCCACAGAGCCCCUCAGUAUUCUCAUCAAGGGGCUGGAAAUUCAAAACAUUUGAUUUACUUUAUGGCUGAACUUUAAAGGGGAGAACUAUAAAGAACCAAAUGAGAAAAUAGAGGAAAAAAAGACUCGUACGGACCCCUCAGAACGGACACGCUGAUUGAAAGUUGCCUUAUUUUAAUGGUUUUACCGCUUCUAACUUGUGCCCGCCACCUUCUUGUCGAGUGUACAGCAUUGAGAUCACCCAUAUAUCUGCUCAUUGUGUCCAGCAGAGGCCACCUGGUGGGGCUCUGUUAGCCAAACUGCCCCCCCCUCACUCCCCCAGUCACCCUCUCUGAACUGUCUUCCAAGUGUCAUCAGUCUGUUACAAGUCCUGUAAUUCUUCCCUGUGUUUGCAAGUCGUGGCUUUUUGUGCUGAAAAACGUCGACUGGGUGGAAACUUGUCGCCUUCUGCUCCCCGGAAAAGAAAAAGAAAACUUAAAUGGGUUCAGUUUAAGAAGGGAGACUCAACUCUGUUUCUCCCUUUGGGUGCUUCCUGACUUUCUCUCUCCCCUCCGGCCCUCUCUCUAGUCAGACAAGCUGCAUCCAUCCGUUCAUCCAUCCGUUCGACAUCCAUCCAUCAGCUGACGACAGUGGCGAUCAGGACUGGAAUCAUCACUCUGGAUUACUUGAAGAAGCGAUGGUUUAUGACGUUUUUGGCCGUAGUUCUCGGCCGUAGGUGCUCCAGGUGGAGAGGACCAGACAUUCAGCCCCUGACUUCACAGCGUCGGCGGCAGAGGCUGACAGCACCCACUCUUCCUGUUUUACACACAUCAGUUUCUGGCACGGACACUGACAGGUGUAGUUGCACGCAGGUACCGAUGUAGCAGCGUGAGCAAACCAAACACAAAAACAGCUCAGUCAGCUCGUGACUGGAUGGUUUCGACUCUGUCCCGUUCAGACGUCUUUCAGUCAACCAUGCCGAGGAUUGAAAUCUCUCUCCAUCUGAUGAUAUCAAACAGAAGUGAUUCUACUUCCUCCACUGAAUGUUAAUGUGAAUUUUUGACUGAUGAAGAGAAGUGAUUACAGCUCCCUGCUACUUGUUUUUUUUUGUUUAUAGUACAGAUGAUAUAUUUGCCUUACAUGUGUAUGUAUUCUAACUUUUUUUAAUGGUCUCAUGAUUAUAUUUUAAUGCUUUUUAAUUUCAAUUUGCAGUGUUUCUAGCAUUGUUGUUACGAUGGAGGUGGGGUUUGUGUCAGGCUGUUAAAUAAACCUCAGAAAUGGGAACAUGAUUCACAACACAAAAGGGAAAGGUGACAUCAGGACAUCAAAAUACCAAUCUGUGUUUUACCCUUAAGCCACAUCUACUUUUAUUUAAAAAGACAUUUUUUCCAAGAUGUAAGAGCAGCAUUUCCAACAACAAACUCUUUCAAUCUACUGAAAGUUUGCAUAGCUGUUAACACUACAACUGCAUAUUCAAAAAUGCUGAAAAACAAUGAUUUCGGAUUCAGAAUGAAUAGGAAGUUCAUGAUAUUCUGGAAAAGUCUUAAAACACAAAUAAGUGUCCGGAUUUUCAUCUGUCAUAUUCAGAUGUGUGUAUCUCCUGAGUGCCCAGUUUACUGUGAAACAUCACAGUCACAUGACAUGAAGCCUGGCAGUUUCUGAGGUGAAACUGUUAGUUUUUUGUUCAUUUUCUGUAAUAAUCGUUCAGCCUGUUGGUUGAUGUUCUAGCAGCCUGUGGUCCUGUCGGUGUUUCUGUUCAUCAGUUGAUUUCUCUAAAUCCAGAGAAUUUGGAAGCGAAAAAAUGCAAAGCUGUACUUGUUUUCUGUUAUGUUCUGUUGGUUUAUCUUCAGGGAGAUUUGAAUCAUUGUCAGAGGCUUAACAUUGAUGCAUCAAAAGUGUUUACCAGAGGUUUAAGGAUGGAAAAUAAGAGCUACAAAAUAUCCAGACAAGAAAAAAACUUUCCCAAAACCAGUGAAGCCUUUGAAUGGGUGAGCUGGUGUAUGUGUGGCUGCAGAUGCAGCAGGCUGCCAGUAGGGGGCCUUCUUCCUGCAGCAGUCACAUCAUCCCUCCCUCUAAUGUGAUCAUCACCUGUUACUGGACGUUUGUGGGUUUCAGGUGUUUUGGGAGUUUUCAGCCUUCCCUGUCAGCUGCUGCUAGCUGUCCAAACAAACUCUAGGGGGCGCUGCAGCCUCCACUCAUCAGUUUUACAUGGACUCGGCCGGCAGGCCAGACACUGGGGAGAUGAGUGAUGGACAAAGAAAUGGAAGAAGGAGCAUAAAAAAGAGAAAAAAAAAGACUCCUGCUGGGGUUUGUGAUGUUCAGAGGAAUAUGGCUGAUUUUGAUGUCUGGAGACUGAAAAAAGUACAAAAUUCCAUAAAGCCAUAUGAUUAAGAUAUAACUGUAUAUGAACCAUUAAAUAGUUCAUUGCAUUACAAUAUCCUAGGCUUGUCAUGAGGAAAAAAAGAUGAAAAUGAGGAAAAAAGGAACAAAAAAAUAUAUAAAAUGGAAAAAUGUAAAAUACUUGAAUGAGAUCUUGUAUUAUAACAUUUAAUAUUCAUAAUAUCUGCUUUGUAGGCUGAUGUGAUUCGCUAUUAGUGUUAUUUGUAAUUUGUAGUAAUUAUGCUUUUCCUUAAUAAAGAAAAAAAACACAAAACGGACAAAAAAACCUCAAAAACACCGACUGGAGAGUGAUUUUUUU